UGAUUCCAGCGCAGACACCAGCCUCUUGACGCGCUGGUUUGAACGCCAGUUUGUUGCACGCGCUGGCACGGGCCUUGCCCCUUCGCUCCGUGGCCUAGGCCGCUACUGGCUCUGCUGGGGUGAUGCUCGAGUAAAGCGAUCAGAAAGCAGGCGGCCUCUUUGGCCCUCGGGGGUGAGGGCCUCAGGGAGGUCGCGGUUGCAGGGCCCCCGGGAAGCCAGGAGCUGGGCUCGGCUGGAGCGGAAGCGGAAGCGGGCAGGUUUCGGGGCGGACCGGGCCUGGGGACAGCGGUCGCUGCCGCGCCGGUCGGAUCGUAGCAGAGGGGGGGCGGCUGGAGCCGACCGGGUGUCGCCAUGAGCCGGCUGCAGGAGGAGGAGGAUCCCUACGUGAUCGAGGAGCCGAGCGAUGAGGAGCCGGGACAGAGCAGCUCGGAGGAUGAGGUGGAUGUGCUUUUAUAUGGUACUCCUGAUCAAAAGCGCAAACUGAUAAGGGAGUGCCUUACUGGAGAAAGUGAAUCAUCAAGUGAAGAUGAGUUCCAAAAGGAAAUGGAGGCAGAACUAAACUGCACUAUGAAAACUAUGGAGGGCAAGUGGAAGUCAUUAGAAACAGGUACUUCUUCAAGUACUGGACAAGCUGGAACAGUCACCACAACAAAAUAUUAUGAUGAUAUUUAUUUUGACUCUGAUUCAGAGGAUGAAGAUAAAGUAGGUACACAGGUGGCUAGGAAAAAAAAGAGACAGCAGCAGCGCCAGAUUCCUACUAAUGAUGAGCUACUGUAUGAUCCAGAAGAAGAUGAUCGAAACCAAGAGUGGGUGAACUCUCAGAGACCAGGAUACCAAAAUUUAAGAAGAAUGCAUCAGCAGGUCAAACCUCCAGCCAUUCCAAACAGUGAUGCUGUUUUGAACUGCCCUGCUUGCAUGACUACAUUGUGCUUUGACUGCCAAAGACAUGAAUCCUAUAAAACACAGUACAGAGCAAUGUUUGUGAUGAACUGCUCUGUUAACAAAGAGGAGAUUCUAAAAUACAAAGGUCCAGUGAACAAGAAGAUAAAGAAAGGACAUAAGAAAAUGAAACACAGUAACGAGAUCAACCCUGUGCAGGGAAAUCAAGAAGAGGAGGAAGUAUAUCAUCCAGUCAAAUGUACCGAAUGUUCAACUGAAGUGGCAGUCUUGGAUAAAGAUGAAGUUUUUCACUUCUUCAAUGUUCUAGCAAGCCACUGUUAAUGUGAUAAAACAGCUGUGCUGUUCAAGACUGUAUGAAAUCUCAAAGACGUGGACAAUAUUUUAUCCUUUUUAUAAAGCCUUUCUGUAUCAUUUGGAAAGUCUUAAACUGUCAUUGAAAGAAUCUUUGUAAAAUUUCAUGGAAGAGAUACAGUUAACUGGGAGCAAUAUUCUGUCAUGCCUUCAGAUAAUGAUAAUAGCAUGGAGAGUUUAAAUUCAUGUACAUAUUAGGCAAUAUUUUUGUGUAUUGGAACCAUUGUUCAUGUACUCAUGCAAUAUGUUAAAAGUGUUAAACUGUUGCUUAGAAUAAAAAUUAUCUUCUCCAUA